AUGAGAAGCAGCAUAGCUAUUCUAGGACUGCCGCCUGCUGUUUUCCCCAGAAAAGCCACGCGCAGCCUGCGGGCAGGUGCGCUUCCAGAGCUCUUCGCUGCCCCCGGCUCCGGAGAGAGCCGACGCCACUGUUUACCGUCCAGCCGGUCAUCACAGGGGUGCUGUGUUUACGAGGGAGCCAGCUGUCAUUGACGACACAUAAAUACGAUGCAUUCUCUCAAGUUAAAUGUUUCGUUUUCUCUCAUCAUCAUCACCAUCAGUCGCCAUCAUCAGCAUCGUUCUCAAUUCACACGCCAUCAUCGACAUUCGUAUAUUUUACACACGUCUAAUUAUUUCCUUCCGGACAACUUCAAGCCGCUCACAACCUCUUUUUCCACCAACACCACCAACACAACUCCAAGCCACUCACAGCCCCUUUUCUACCAACACCACCAACACAACUCCAAGCCACUCACAACCCCUUUUUUUACCAACACCACCAACUCGUCUCCACCAGCAACCACAUCCAGCAACCACAUCCAGCAACCACAUCCCGCCACUACAAUGCAGUACUCCACCCUCUUCCUCAGCGCCCUCGCCGCCUCGGGCGCUAUAGCCGCGCCGCAGGGCCGCUCCGCCGCCGACAAGCAAGUGCGCGUAAUCCUCAGCGACCUGGCCGAGACGGGCUCGCAAACCGUCUUCAACGAGGCACCGCACGUGUCCGGCCGGCCGACACAAAGCGGGCCCUUCAAAACAGUCGAGAUCGCCGUCGGCUCUGGCAUCACCAACCAGGCGCUGCGCUGCCAGGUCCUCGACGACAAGAGCCAGCCAAUCAUAGGCGUGCGCGGCGCGGCCGUGGACGUCACAUUCGGCGACGCCGGCAAGGGCGCCUGGACGUUCCGCACGCCGAGCCUCGUCAGCGCCAUCGUGUGCGACGACGGCUUCAAGUCGCUCGGCGCCGCCGCCACCGAGAUCCGCGUCGUGCUGGCCAACCAGGCCGCCGAGCUCGGGUCGCAGACCGUGUUCGCCGACUCUGGCGCCCGCCAGCAGAAGCCGCCUGUUGGCUCGGACGGCCCGUUCCAGACCGUCGAGCUCCGCCUCGGCCCCCUCGUCGAUCCGGCGCUGCGCUGCCAGAUCACCGACCCCGCCGGCAAACCCAUCACGGUUGUCCGUGGCCAGGCUGUCGCGACGACUUUUGGCGAUGCCGAUAAGGGCGAGUGGACUCUCCAGACGCAGAGCGAGGUCGAUAACAUUAUCUGUGAUCCGGCGUUUUGAGCGACGCGUUUGUCGAUAACAUUACCUGUGACCCGGCGUUUUGAGUGACGCGUUUCUUUUUCUUCAUCUCUCUUCUUUUAUCAGUGCAUCGCUAGAUAUUGGUUUCGGCUUAGCUAGCAUGGGGAUUGCGGGUACUGCAUCUUGGUUUCGGAGCAUCUGGGUUGGGUUGGGCUUGCAUGGCGAGGGAUCCGUUUUUAUAGGUAACUUUGCAUCACGG